AUGGGAAAGUCGAACAAACCUGCCAAGAACGGACAAGCAGAAUGGCAAGACUGGAACAAGGGCAACAAGCCUUCACGCUACUGGCGUGGGUCAUGGUCGGCUUGGGAGCGAUCAUCUUGGCAGCAACCCCAGGACCAGGGCCUCUUCCCGGCCUACGAUGGUCAAUGGUCGGAAGGCCGGAGCAAAGCGGCCAUCACGAUCCUGUCCGAGUCUCGUGCAGGUCCCUCCGAACCCAGUGUGUUGAAGGAUGUCCAGUUUGCUGUCAACCAGGUCAGGAAGGCAGACGCUCGGCGUGCCAAGGUCGAAAAAGAACGCGAGGACAAAAUCAAACGCUGGGCUAUUUACACGCAAGAGCUGCAAUCUUCGUUCAUCGCGGAGAAGCAGAGACACCUCGAUGCCCUCGACAACUUCGACCAGGAGGUUGCAGCAGCAGCACGUGGACAGGAGAUCGCAAGGGCAGCCCUUGGCAAGGCAUCCGAUGGCUUCUUGACGAAGGGACAGACUGGAGAAACCGAGGAAUCUGGGGACAUGGAGUGGGACGCCAUGGUGGAGGCCAGCCUCCGUGCACAGCGGCCCUACACCAGAGAAGAUGCUACCAAGGACCUUGCAGAUAUAUUUGGGGCCGACAGCCUAUUGAAGGAGCCCAGCCAGACCAAGAGCACAACACCCUCAGGGCGGCCAGCAGAAGAUGCUAUUGCUGCUGGGCCAGUCCGGGCGUAUGCAGGCGCCUCACCGAGAGCUCGUGUCGAUCCUUAUCUGGCGGCCAGCCCAGCUUCCUUUAUGCGAGAAAGGCCAAUACCAGCCACAGCUCCGCCGGAGACUGCGGCACCGGAAGCUUCUGCUCAGACCUCGGCUGGGAUGCCUCCAGCUGCCACACGAUCGGCGAGCCGUUGCAGAACACCUGUGAAGCAACUCCCGCAGCAACCGGUGCAUGUGGAAGUGCCGGGCGGUCCUUCUUUGGCGGACAAGCUGCAUGUGGCAAGGAGGACAGCCCUUGCCCCCUUCGGCUUGGACAGGCCUGCAGAAGGUGCAAACUCGCGAUCGGACGCCGUGGAUCCGCCACCUGCAGAGAUGCGACCUCCCGACCAGAUCAAUUUAGUGGAAGAAGAACUCAAUGCGGCUUCCCCAGGGCUUACGAGGAUGGAGUGA